CGUGUAUACCAACACGCGACGCUACCCCGAAGGUAGCGCAGUCGGCGUCGCCCAGGCCUGUAGUGCGAUUCUGAAUCUUAUUUUAACCACAUUUCACGUUGUUAUCUCUAGUUAACAACUUUUUUUGGGGUUAAGUGAUUGUGUAUCAACUUUAACCAUAUUUGUCAUUGUUUAGUGUUAACAAACGCAGUCAGCUGUUUGGUGACAAUUAUUUUUGUGGUUAAGCUAACAGCAUCUAGUUUUUCUUUGUUAAGCUGUUGUUUACAAAUUUUGCUGUGAAGUUAAAUUGAGAAAAUUGUGAAGAUUGUGUUAAAAAAUGGCAUUUGGAUGCAAUGUAUAAUAUUUAUAUGAUAACGAUAAUGAGCAGCCAUUAAACGUGCCAAGAAUUGACCGGCGUAGGCUUCGCGAAAUCGAUAACCCUUUCGAACUAACGUUAACGGAGUUCCGGAGGCUAUAUAGACUCAGUCCCGGCAUGGUUGAAAAUUUGGUGUCGCAACUUGACAAUCAAUUAAGAGGAUCGCGAAUAACAGCGUUAUCGACUGAAAAGCAGGUUCUAGCUGCUCUACGGUUUUAUGCCACUGGAUGCUAUCAACGCCCAGUAGGUGAACAGUGGGGCAUAUCCAUGAGCCAAACAUCGAUAAGCCGUUGCAUACACCGUGUGACUGACGCAAUCAACAAUUCAAUGUUUACCUCCAAAAUGAAGUUCCCUACGACGCAACUGGAGUGCCAAGCGGCAAAGGGAAUUUUUGCGUCUGCACCUUCAUCAUUUGUAGCAGGAACUAUCGGUGCAAUCGACUGCACCCAUGUUGCAAUUUUGGCUCCCAAAAAUAAUGAAUCAAAUUAUGUCAAUCACCAUGGGUACCAUUCGAUGAACGUGCAAAUGAUAUGUGAUCCAAAUCUUAAGAUUUUAAACGUGAAUGCAAAAUUUCCGGGAGCACGACAUGAUUCGUUUAUUUGGAGCUUCUCUGCAGCGCGUCGGGUCAUGCAGCGAUCAUUUGAAACUGGAAAUCACAACACGUUUUUGAUAGGCGAUUCUGGAUACCCGCUGGAGCCAUGCCUGAUGACACCUUCACCAAACGAGCCAGAAGGAACACCAAAGUUUCGCUACAACGAGGCGCUAUGUAAAGCACGUAACCCGAUCGAGAGACUCUUUGGCGUCCUUAAAGGCACAUGGCGGUGCUUAUCACGGCAAAGAGUACUUUUGUAUGACCCCGGCUUUGCUGGCCGAGUAGUUAACGCGUGCGCAACAUUGCAUAACGUUCGUUUGGGCGAUCAAACAACCGCUUUUGACGAUCGGGUUGUUUAUGAUCCCGAAAUACUAAGCACUAAUGACGAUUCCGCAGCACCUUCUUCAGUAGCAAAACGUGUUCAGCAACGAAUUAUAGCAANAACG